UGACCGGAGACCCCCGGGGAAGGGCCUCGGCGGGGCGGGAGGGGAAGCGGAACCACGGGGACGAUUGCGCCACCGGCAGCCCCCCGCCUCCGCAGGCUGGAAAUUUUGGGAGGGGUUAUAAAGGCGGGGGGGGGGCGCGGGCGGCGGGCAUCGGGGCGCCAUGGCCUGCCAGCCCGCGCUCACCCUCGCCCUCCUCUUCCUCUGCGCAGAGGCCGAAGGCUUCGCCCUCUGCCACACGCCCGCCCUGCAGACCACGGUCUUCCAGUAUCGGAUUUGGGACGUCAACCAGAAGUCGCUUUACCUGCGCAAUGACCAGCUGGUGGCCGGGCACCUGCAAGGGGCCAACGCUGCCCUCGAAGAGAAGGUGUUCUGGGUGCCCAACCGUGCCUUCGAGCCCUCCCGGCUGCCCGUCAUCCUGGGCAUCCAGAAUGGCACCCGCUGCCUGGCCAGCCCCCCCGCCAGCCAGCCCACCCUGCAGCUGCAGCCGGCUGCCGGUGACGUUGCGGCGCCGGUACCCGCCGCAGGACGCCGACAUCAGAGAGCUGCCCCGCGCCGGCACGGCCUCGGCCGCCUUCACCUUCUUCCGCUCCUACAAGGACGGGCUGUGGCGCUUCGAGUCGGCCGCCAACCCCGGCUGGUUCCUCUGCACCUCGGCACGCGGCCACCAGCCCCUGGGGCUCUCCCGGCACCCCGAUGCCACCCACCUCCUCGACUUCUACUUCCAGCUCUGCUGAACCCCCCGGUCCCUGGGGACGGUGACAUCCUCACCCCGGGGAUGGGGACAUCCCCCCCCCCAGCCCCCCAGGACCGUGGUGUCCCCUGGGAAUAAAGAUGCUCUGGACACCGUG